CUUACGUCCCACACCGGCCAGAGAUCUGGGAAGGAAGCAGUUUCAGGCAUCUCAACUGAGCCUGCUACUGGGAGAGGAGAGAAACUGAGGUUUACUUUCCCAGCUCCCAGAGGUGGACAUUGUUGACGCUGCUGCCGAAGUGAUAACUACAUUUCUGAGCUGGUUGAUUCACAAGCCGGUUCUCCAAAGUACUUACUACUUACUGGAUAAGCCACUACUACAGACUACGUUCCCAAUGCAAUUUCCAAUGAUGAUAACUGCCCUUAAAAUUCAUUCAGACCUGGAAAUCUGUGUGAAGCCAAUGGAGCCUUGAAGUAUAACUAAGGACAGAGACCAUCACGAGGCACAAACAUCACCAACUUGCAUGAUUAUGGAGAUGGUCUGUGUGAUGCUGAAAAUGUCUCUAGUUUUUUGACAACGGCUAAAUAACCAUGGGGUCCAGUGGACUUGGGAAAGCAGCAACAUUAGACGAACUGCUGAGCACCUGCAUUGAGAUGUUUGAUGACAAUGGAGAGCUGGAUAAUAGUUAUUUGCCAAGAAUAGUUCUACUGAUGCACCGAUGGUAUUUAUCUUCCACUGAAUUGGCAGAAAAACUUCUCUGCAUGUAUCGAAAUGCCAGUGGAGAAAGCUGUGAUGAAUUUCGAUUAAAGAUCUGCUACUUCAUGAGGUACUGGAUUCUGAAAUUUCCUGCAGAGUUUAAUUUGGACCUUGGUUUGAUCCGCAUGACCGAAGAAUUCCGAGAAGUAGCUAGUCAACUAGGAUAUGAAAAACAUGUCAGCCUCAUCGACAUAUCCAGCAUACCGUCCUAUGAUUGGAUGAGAAGAGUCACACAGAGGAAAAAAGUAUCCAAGAAGGGAAAAGCCUGUCUGCUGUUUGACCAUCUGGAGCCCAUUGAGUUGGCUGAGCACCUCACUUUUCUGGAGCAUAAAUCUUUUCGAAGGAUCUCAUUUACUGAUUACCAAAGCUAUGUCAUCCAUGGCUGCCUGGAGAAUAACCCGACCUUGGAGAGAUCUAUUGCUUUAUUUAAUGGAAUCUCUAAGUGGGUCCAGUUGAUGGUUCUGAGCAAACCAACCCCCCAGCAAAGAGCAGAAGUCAUCACAAAGUUUAUCAAUGUUGCCAAGAAGCUCCUUCAGCUCAAAAACUUUAACACCCUGAUGGCAGUGGUGGGAGGCCUUAGUCAUAGUUCCAUUUCACGCCUCAAAGAGACCCAUUCUCAUCUUUCUUCAGAAGUUACCAAGAACUGGAAUGAAAUGACAGAGCUGGUCUCCUCCAACGGCAAUUACUGCAAUUACCGCAAGGCCUUUGCCGACUGCGAGGGCUUCAAAAUCCCCAUCCUUGGUGUGCACUUGAAAGACUUGAUAGCAGUCCAUGUCAUUUUCCCAGACUGGACGGAGGAGAACAAAGUGAACAUUGUGAAAAUGCACCAGCUCUCCGUCACCCUGAGUGAACUGGUCUCCCUGCAGAAUGCCUCCCACCACUUAGAGCCCAACAUGGAUUUGAUCAACCUGCUCACGCUUUCACUGGACCUCUAUCACACAGAAGAUGAUAUUUAUAAAUUGUCACUGGUGCUGGAACCUAGAAAUUCUAAAUCGCCUACCUCCCCUACGACGCCUACCAAGCCCGUGGUGCCCCUGGAGUGGGCAUCAGGAGUGGUGCCAAAGCCAGACCCCACGGUCAUCAACAAGCACAUAAGGAAAUUAGUUGAGUCUGUGUUUAGAAACUAUGACCAUGACCAUGAUGGGUACAUCUCCCAAGAGGACUUUGAAAGUAUAGCUGCCAAUUUUCCCUUCUUGGAUUCCUUCUGUGUGCUGGACAAAGAUCAGGAUGGCCUAAUUAGUAAAGAUGAAAUGAUGGCUUACUUCCUGAGAGCGAAGUCCCAACUACACUGUAAAAUGGGACCAGGAUUUAUCCAUAAUUUUCAGGAGAUGACCUAUCUCAAGCCAACCUUCUGCGAACACUGUGCAGGAUUUCUCUGGGGCAUUAUCAAGCAAGGAUACAAAUGCAAAGACUGCGGAGCCAAUUGUCACAAGCAGUGCAAAGACCUCCUGGUUCUGGCCUGCAGGAGAUUUGCCCGGGCCCCCUCCUUGGGCAGUGGUCAAGGGUCGCUGCCUGGAAGCCCCUCAUUGCCCCCAGUGCAGGAUGAGGUGUUCGAGUUCCCUGACGUCGCCGCUGGACACCAAGACCUGGACAGCAGAGCCAUCACGCUGGUUACAGGCUCUUCUCGCAAGAUCUCCGUGAGGCUGCAGCGGGCCACCACCAGCCAGGCCACCCAGACUGAGCCUGUAUGGUCAGAGGCUGGCUGGGGAGACUCAGGGUCCCACACCUUCCCCAAGAUGAAAUCCAAGUUCCAUGACAAAGCAGCAAAGGACAAAGGCUUUGCCAAGUGGGAAAAUGAGAAGCCCAGGGUACAGGCUGGCGUGGAUGUUGUUGACCGGGGCACCGAGUUUGAACCUGACCAGGAUGAAGCAGACAUGGGUGAAACCAGACAGGAUGGUGAGGAUGGCUGACUUCAGGCUGAAGACACCGAACGCAAUCACGUUGGCAUUUGGAAGGAGCAAGAUGAGAAACUCGGAAGAACAGUCCAACUCUCAGGAAGUUACCUGAAAAGAUAUGUGGACGUUUACUGCCUAGUGACACCGGGGGAUCUCCCUGAUUGGACUAUGGGACAGAGGACUUGCCCUAUGAACUAUUUAUUUCCUCCCCGCCCCCGCCCCUGGUUAGGUGCCGCAAAGACUGUGUUAUGUAGUUGGUGGUUUUCUCAUGUAUCUUUCUCUAGAGCCAUUCAUAUACGGGUGAAAUGGAAGCUUUUGUGCAUGUACUUGAUACUUACUCUCUAUCAGACUUUGCUUUUUUUUUUUUUGUGAGAAUAUUAUUUCAGUAUUUUUAUAAACU